AUGAGCUUCAGCCCAGAGAGGAUCUCGUCCUACCGCCGUCACUUUGAGGACAGCAGCAGCUUGUCCUACCAGAUCAGGGUGUCGAGCCCAUCCCCCAUCAGGAGAGAGGCCCGUCGUGCCUCCACCGGCUGCUUCUCCUCUAGAGCCGGGGCCAGCAGCAUGCGUGUGGACUCAGUGGGACGAAGGACCGUGUCUGCAGCACGCAGGUCUCGCAUGGUAGGAGCAGGCGCAGGGGCCAUGGUGUGCGUUGGGCCGAGCGGAGAGCGUGCCAUAGACCUGGAUGUGGCUGCAGCUGAAAACCAGCAAUUCCUCAGCACCCGCACAAGCGAAAGACAGGAGAUGAUCGUCCUCAACGACAGACUGGCCGUAUACAUCGACAAGGUGCGAUCGCUCGAGCAGCAGAACAAGCUACUGGAAACUGAGAUUGAGGCCUACCAGAACCGGUUUGAGAAGCCUACGGGUCUGCGUCUGCUCUACGAGGAACAGCUGAAAGAGCUGAAGAAGAUUGCUGAACAAAUGAGAGUUCAGAGGGACAUUUCCUUGGCGGCUAAAGAGUCUGCAGCUGCUCAACUAGAGGCAAUCAAAGUCAAAUAUGAGGAGGCAGUGGAGCUGAGGAAGAAAGCCGAGUUAGACAUUGAGGCCUUCCGUCCAGAUGUGGACAAAGCCACCUCCUCCCGCAUUGCCUUGGAGAAGAAGCUGGAGCAGCUAGAGGUUGAAAUUGAAUUCCUUAAACGAAUCCAUCAGCAGGAAAUUGAUGAACUCAUGAAACAGAUCUACGCCGCUCACGUCUCAGCCCAGAGUGCGUUCACUCUGCCCGACUUGGCUGCUGCUUUGAAACAAAUUCAAACCCAGUAUGACGAUAUCGCAGCCAAAAAUCUCCAGGAAAUGGAUUCGUGGUAUAAAAACAAGUUUGAAGAUCUAACCAAGAAGACGUCGAGGCAUGUUGAUAAAGUUCGAAGUGUUAGAGAAGAACUAGCCAGUGCCAAAAAAGAUAUCCAAAGUAAAGAACGCGAUUUGGAUGCCCUGCGGACCAGAAACGAGGCUCUUGAAGCUAAGAUCCGUGAGACACAAGAGAAAUACAGAAAAGAACUGGAAGACCUGCAGGCUCGGAUUGAGGCCCUGCAGCUCGAGCUGAAAUCCACCAAGGAGAAAAUUGCGCUGCACCUGCGUGAGUACCAGGAGCUUCUGAAUGUCAAGAUGGCUCUGGAGAUUGAGAUCACAACUUACAGAAAAUUGAUCGAGGGCGAGGACCUGCGGCUUUCUGGCAUGAUGCAAACCUUAUCUCUUACUAGCUGUAGCAUGAGCGCCAUUGGUGCCGGGAUGAGCAUCAGUGGAGGAGGCAUGGGAGGUGCAGGUGGAAUGGGUGGCGGACUGAUAGGACGUGGUGGUGGUGGAGACAUUGGGGGCAGAGUAGGAAUGGGUGGGGGCAUGGAUGCAGGAGGCAUGGGAGCAGGUCCAGGAACUGGAGGUUUAGGUGGAAGAAUGGGUGCUGAGGGUACCAGUGGUAAAAAGGGUCCUGCUGGUACAUCAGCUGGGGCAGACUUUACUGGUAGUCAUGGAUUGGGAGCUGGGGGUGUAGGUGGAGGUAUUGGAGCUAAUGCUGGGGUUGUGGGCAAAGGAAAUGGCAGCAGAGCAAUGGGCACUGGAGGAACAAGUGGUUCUGGCGCUGGAGGUGUAGGAAACCUGGGAUUCGGUACUGGAGGCAAGGAUGACAGCAGUAUAGGUGGGACUGGAAUGGGUGGAGGUGGUAAAACUGGAGGUUCAGGUGGCAUGGGUGGAACCGGCACUGGGUUUGGUGGAGGAAAUGGUGGUGUAGUUGUAGGAAAGAGUGGUGGACUUGGAGUUGGAGGCAGUGGAGGAAGUGGGGGUGUGGGUAGUGACGAUGUUGCUCUGUCAGCUGCUAGUGGCAUGGGGAAGACAGGUGGAGGAAAGGGUGGUAUUAGUGGCACCGGGACUACGUAUGGCUCAGAUGGACAUGAUAAGAACAUCGAGGCCUAUGCAGAGCAGGCUGUGGAGCUGACGGAGAGGAGGACGGUGCUCAUUAGAACAGUCAAAAAUGAGGAUGAUAUGCUGGAAAUGGACCACCAAGAACAGACCUACACCAUCACCGGAGCGGCCGAUGACUCUGACAACGAGUGAGCAACACGAAUUCCCAAGUGACCUCCUCUCACCCUUAAACCUCCACGCCCCUCUGAGCUUUGCACUGACCAAGCCCCAUGUCUGGACACUGACCUUUGCCCUUUUGCCCCAGACAAGAAGACCAUGACUGACCCUUUUGCUUCAAAUCAGGGGCUUUAACUAUGCCUCACUAGACAACUCAACAUAUUCUCUAAACUUUUGUCACCCCCC